ACAUAUAGAGAUAAAUAUCAGUUGAUAUACCAUGAUUUUUUUUCGUAUCUUCGUAGAAGCUCGCCAACAGUCGCUACUUUCCUUUUCGAAAACGAAAGUAAACCGUCAACAACAUAAAAAUGGAAUUUUUUAUUGUAUUUUCAACUGGUAUUGUUGGGCUUGUAUUAGCUUUUGCUGUUUACAUGUAUCUUUUUAUAUUCAACGUGAGACCAAAUAGAAAAAUAACCGAAUGUGACGACAAAGACUGUGUGAGAUGUAAGAAGUAUACAGAAAUAAAAGAAAAAGCAGUUGUUUUGUACAGGAACUACAUUGACGAUUGUGAUAGUGACUUGUUAAGGAUACAAUCUUCAGUGAAUGACAUAAACAAAACCAGACACAAUAGAAAACAAUGCCCUAAUGUCUUUUUCAUGAAAAGUCUUAAAAGCCAGCCUUGGCUAUCAGAGACAAAUAGUGACAUUGAACAAGAUGUGAACACCUUGGAGACAAAUAUGUCAAUGAUUCAGUCAGAUUUUGUUCGGAUAAUAGAUUCUUCUGAGGAUCACUGGCUGAUUAAUAACACACCCAAUGGCUUCUGGGAAGUGUUUCAUUUAGUUAACCAAGGUACCGUUGUUGAAAAGAACACACAGCUUGUGCCAAAGACAUACGAUCUCAUUAAAAAUUUAAAAUCAGCUAUGCUAAACACUGUUUUUGGAAAUGUGGCGUUUUCUGUUGUUUAUCCAGGAACAACUAUUUCUGACCAUUAUGGCCCUACCAACAUCAGACUUCGUUGUCACCUAGGCCUUCAGACUUCUCCAUUUUGUUCCAUAGUUGUGGAUGGACAGAAAAAAUCAUGGAGAAACGGAAAAGUGAUUUUAUUUGAUGAUUCCUAUUUGCAUGGUGUAGAAUACACACAUGAUGUGAGAGAUGAGAAUAAAUACAGAGCUGUCUUGAUGAUGGACAUGUGGCAUCCAGAUAUCACAAAAGAGGAACAAAAAAUACUAAGUUACAUGUUUCCUCCAUAAUAAAUUAUACCAAAGUUAA